UUUUUUGUCAGAUUUAUUUUUUAAGUAAAUACCCUAUACCAAUAAAUGACAUAUUUUAUUAUAUAAAAAUCUUGUUCCAUACGCCAGAUAUCAUUAUUUUUGUAGUGAUGGUUACAUCGCUUUAUUAUCUCAGUAACUUGGGGUACCGAUUUUGUGAAUUGAAUAGAUUAUGGAAAUGCUUACCUUUAGGAUUAUUCGCUUUGUCGGGUGGAUGGACAAUUUCAGAGAUAACAAUGCUAGUAGAACGUAUACGAUUGUUGCAUGCUGAACUUUCUGAAUUGCUUAGAUUGUUUAGUUUGGGUUAUGGACCGGUCUUAUUGGUAUAUUUUACAUUUACUUUCGCACAUGCUUUGAUCGAAACAUUUUUGUUUACAAUAUAUAAUGAUUAUUUGUGUCAUGAUUAUAUUCCAUAUUUAUUCUACCUACAACAUAUUUUUAACAUGAUUUCAAUCCUAUACGUCACUUCGUGGGUCAUUGAAGAGAAAAGAAAAAUUAUUUCAUUUUUGCGACUGAAUCGGAUUUCUGAAAUGAAUAUUGAUAUCAAGUUACAAAUUAAAACAUUCAUGCAUCAGAUAUCAGCUUAUGAACCAAACGAAUUAACAGCCUUUGGUUUCUUCAAUUUUGAUUUAAAAUUAACAAUGACUAUUUUGGUAUUAUUAAUUACUGGGAUCUCUACAAUGAUACAAAUGAAAGACCAUCCGUGGAUGUUGUACUUGAAGAAUGGAUUAUUAAAAAGUCGUAAUUAUAUAAACACUAUUCAGUAUUAAAUAUAAAUAUAUAAUAGAGACUCUUUUAGGUAUU